GGCACCUUCUGGCCCUCACAGUGCGCGAUUCGCCUUCCUCAUUUAUAAAUGUGACUUGUUGGUGUGGUGAAGAGUUUAUACAAUCCACAGCUCCUGACUUAAAUAUUGGAAUUGUUGGUAAGAUACCUCUUUCAUUAUUUUCUACCUUAUUUUUUAAACAACUUCUUUCUCUAAUUUCCGUUGUUUUUUUCCAUCUACAGUUGAUAUCAGGGGAGCUAACGUACAGGCCAAGUCUAAUAAUCCUUCAGAUGAUAAAUUCAAACCAUGGACACCAAGGUGAUACGUUUAAUUGGUUAUAUAAAAGAUUCAUUUUUAUAUUAUAAUAAAAUAAAUUUAAUUACCCUUAUUUGAAUCACAAAUAAUAAUUUUCUAGCUAUGCAGUAAGGCUGUGUUCAAUAGGCACUAAUUGGGAUUUAUAUGAAGUGUGUUAAUUGAAUUUGAAUGCAUGUUUUGUCAAGUAAUAUUAGUAGAUGGGUAGUUCAGGCAUAGACGCCACCAUUGUUUGGCACUAAGUUUUAUUCUUAUAAAGUGUGCUACUUGAAGGAAUGUUUUGUCAAGUAACUUAAGCAGAUGGGAAGCUCACACAUUGCCGUUUGUUGCCAUCAGUUCAUGAUUGUUUUUUUAAAUAUUGUUUUUUUAAAUCAAAUUCUGUAAACUUUAAUCCAGAAACAUGUAUAUCUGGCUGUUCAGUGAAUCAAACACAUGUAUAAUGCAGCUCGCUAUCAAUGGAAGAAUAUAAUACAACCUUUCUCCACAAAGUUCUCUCAUAAACUACCAAAUCAAAUAGCACUUAUGCCAAAGACAGAAUAUAGACAUGACGUCACAGUUACCAUAAAAAUAUGUCAGUACAUCACAAGCCAUAAAGGUGGAAAAAGCGUUCAUUAACUAAACUAACACACAAUACAUACUGCCCCGCAAAAAGCAAUAUUCGGUGCUCAAUAACUAAUGAAUACCCAUACUUGACUCUGUUGCCAAGUUUGGCAGGUUUUUUUAUAGUAGUGAUUUUAAAGGUGAAUGCCUUAAUAGGUUUUUAAACAAUGGAUGAGGCUCAAAACUAUGUAAAAAUGGGAAGGUCCCUUAAUGUGAACUUAAAUUUUAGUGCUUUUGUCAUAAUAUACAUGUAUCUGCAUGACAACAAAUACGAUUAGUAUUAUUGAAGAGGAAAAAUAAAAUUUGCUUUGCAUUUUGGUCCAGUUAUAUGAACAGGGUGUUAAAAAUCUCAUAAUUAUGUAUGCUGAAUGUCAUUCUAGGAUGUUUGUAUGUCAAAAAUGCCAAAAAUCAGGUUAGCUUGGAGCAGCCACAUUGAAGAGAGCUAAAAAAUUUAGAAGGAAAUCUUUUUGAAAUUUAUCUAUAUGUGAAGAUUUUGUUUUUUUUCCCUCAAAAUCUUAAAUUCUUUUAGGGACUAACUAAUAAAUGCGGGCUGCAUGCAGGCAUGAUGUCACAACUUGGGAAUCUAAAACUUACGUUACCAAUAAUGUUUUGUUAGUUUUAAAAGAAUAACUCUUUUCUCCUCUAGUUUAUGCCAGUUAAAUUUAAGUGACAAUCAAGGAACAAUUGGAGUUUAUCAUGGACCAGAUGUCUCCCACUACUUACAGUUCUUGAAUAUUCCCACAAAAGCUAAUAAUGACUUUUACACUCUUGAGGAUAUUCAAGCAAAUGGAAUGAGUCUAAAUGGGGAACACAUCAACAUUCUUGCAGCAGUAAAAAAGGUAAAUAUAAUGUGAUAAAAUACUUAAAUUUGAAAUAUAUCUCUGACUAAUUUUCCUUCAUUAUUUUUUAAGUCCAUUCUAUGUGUUUAUAUAUUUUUAAAUUACGUUUUAAAUUGAUCAUGAUUAUAAAAUUAUUUGACUUCAGAUAUGGCCAGUCAGAAACUUUGUUUCAAAAACUGGAGUAAAUUUAACAAAGGCAGAUAUAGUUGUGUGUGAUGAGACAUGUCCUUCAUUUAGCCUCACUCUGUGA